AUGGCGCCCGACGAAUCCGACCGUUCGCGAACGGAAGCUGAAGCUGAAGCGACAGAACGAUCGCAGCUCAAAGCUUUGGAAUGGGACCCUACCCAAUUCACCUCGCUGGCCACCUCUUCGCUCGUGAUCGGUGCAGCGGGAUCGAAUGCGCACGACGCGGGCGGUGGGAAUCCGAAUCCGAUGACGACGACGAUGACGACGACGACGACGACGACGACGACGACGGCGAUGGCGGAUGGUGGAGCGUUCAAGGGUGCGAAUGGCGCGCGUGGGACCGCGGGCAGGUUCGAUCUGUUGCUGUUGAACUGGUUGAGUGGGGUCGAGAAGAGUGUGGAGGUGUUGGACAAGGUACGCCCGAGUCGCUUCCCUGGGGAACCGAGUCGGGGAAGCUCGCCGUGACUGACGAACACACCCCUGCUCCACGUUCAAAAAAAACAGGAAACGAUCCUGCUCCAACAGCCCACCUUGACGACCAACCUCCUGUCGAUACUGGUCGCCCCACCGCCCACGUCGUCCCUGCCCCGUCUCAAACCCGGACGACCGGCCCGAGCGCUCCUCGCCCGGAUCCUCUUGCUCCUCCUCGCCAAAGGGGACACCAAAGGCCGCUACGACCUCGUGCAGAGUCUGAUCCAAGGCAUGGUCGGCAGCGAGCUCAAGGGAGCGGGCUGGGAGAGGGAGAAGGAGAACCGGCUCGCUUGUGCUUGGGUUUUGGGGGAGGUCUUUAGGGUUUGCGGCAGUCAGGUCAGUUCCUGAAUGUUGUGUGCGAGGAAACUAGUCGGAGGGGCGAAUCGAGCUGAUCUUUUGUCUUCCUCGGGUGACGUGGUGCAAUAGGUCAUGAGCACCUUUAUCGAUGUGGUGACCACCGCGACGAGGAUUGGCAGGACGGCUUCUUAUGUGAGUGCUUCUCCACUCCGAGCGAUCGUUCGCGCCCAUGAACUGAACCUCGGACCACUCCAACACCCAGCCCGUGAUCCUACGAUGCGCCGCGCUCGUCACGCUCAGGAAAGCCAUCGUCGUGGGAGCAAGGUCCAUGUCCGACGCUCUCAUCAAGGAGACACUCAAAGCGUUGCGCGCCGGCUUGAGCGAAAAGAUUGGUGCGAUCGUCAGGGAGAGUGCGGAUGUGAGUAGUUGCGUCGAGAGCAUAAAGUACGAAUUCAGGGAAAAGAUACUGAUGCUUGGGUCCCAAUGGGGUGACAGUGCCUGAUCGCCCUUCAAGCCGCUCCGGGGACGUUCACCACCUUGGCCGACAUUGACGCGAUCGUUCAGAUUUGCUUCCGAACACUCGACACGGCCGACCACGUCGCCCGUAGAGCCCUAUCCCGACUCGUCGCUUCGCUACUCGCGUCGACCCAAGUCGAAGGCAGCGGUGCACCUCCCAUCCUGUCCGCUCCUCCACGAAAGAAGAAGAAGGCCGGAGGAGCACCCGGCGCUGCGGGCGAGGAUGAGGAUGACGACGAUGAUCCUUACCCUUCUGUUGGGGCACCAGCGGCGUCGGCGAACGCGACCAAGACGCUGCUUUCGCCCAUCGAGAUGCUCGUGCAGCUUUCGGCGCCUUACAACAAGCUUUCGACGUCGAGAAAGUUGAGGAACGCCAUCAUCGACGUUUAUGGGCAACUCUUGACGAGUUUGGGCGCCGGUUGGGUCGAACAGAAUUAUGCCGAGGUGCUGCAACACCUCAUCAACGAGAUUGGGUGCGGUGUCGCCGCUGGGACGGGCUGGAAGAGCUGGCAUCCGCGCAUGAUUGAACGGAUCGAACCGAGCAAAGCCAAGUACGAAGCUCUUGCGGCGCGCAAGUCCGUCGGGAUCCUCUUGCGGGACAUCAUUUCCGGACGUUUGUUGUCCGAAUCGGCGCAAAUCUUGGCCGUGCGCGAGAUUGGUCAACUCUACCUCAAGCGGUGGCCUUCGCUCUUGCCUUCGCAAGUCCCACCUUCGAAACAAGCGCUCGUGAUUGCGCUCGAAGAGACGAGCGGCCUCUUGGCUGCCCUCGGGUGCGCGCCUAUGGUCGUCCAAGAUGCCUUGUACGAUCCUUUGUUGCGCCUCGUUUCACAUCCGAGUCAUUCGGUGCAGAUCGCUGCUGCGUGGGCGUUGAGGACGUUCUGCGACAAUGCACCGACGCGGUUGAGUGCGACAAUCGUGCAGCUCGUCGAGUUGCUCAACAAGGACUUGGCUGUUAUUGCGCAGAAACCGAACGAGUCCUCGGGCGCGUCGGGAUCCAACAAGGAGGGAGGAACUCCGUCGCCUCGUCGGGCCGUGGGUCAUGCGCAUGCGCUGGCGGCGUUGAUCAACUUGAUCCCCCACCAACCGCUCUACGUCUCGUUCGACAUCUCAGCCAAGUGCAUGAGUCUCGCGAUUCAACUGUUGAAGCAGUCGGCGAACCACGAACUCAUCGUCUCGGGCGUCGAGAUUCACGUCGCUUGGAUCCUCGUCUCGGCGCUCAUGUCCCUCGGUCCGAACUUUGUGCGAUUGCAUUUACCUCAAUUGUUGAUCUUGUGGAGGAACGCGUUGCCGAAACCGACGAGUAAGGAUGCGAGUGCGGCCCAGGUCAGAGGGGAGAACGAGUGGGCGUUCCUAUUGCACAUUCGAGAGUGUACGCUCGGUGCGAUCCUCAGCUUUUUGAGGCACAAUGGAGGGGUGGGGCGACGCGUCUCGAAUACCAACAAUGCGAAUGGAGCAGCGGGGGAAGGGUCGAUCACGGCGACGGGUUUAAUCAGCGAUGACGUUGGACGACGCCUCGUGCUCUUGCUUUCGAACGGGCUCUCGUUCGCGAGUUCGUUCCAACUCACGUUCGAGAAAACCCUCUUGGAACAACAUAACGUGCCUGCGAUAUCGUCGAGGUUCUCACUGUAUGAUCGCGACCUCAUGCUGCGCAGGAGGUUGUUGCAGUGCUUCGUCGCGUUGGGCCACCAUCCCGCGACCGCACCGUGGCAAGUCACCUUGUUGACGCAGAUCGUGCCCCUCUUCUCGGAUCCGGAGCGCUACACCGGAGAAUCGAUGCUUCAAGCUGCCGUCAACUCACCAAAUUUCACGUCCGUAUGGGAGGAAACGGAUGGCUUUGGGUUCGGCGUGACGAGUUUGAUGAAGGAUGGCGAAACGCUCGUCGCUUCCCACGCGGAGGACCCCGCCGGCGUUCGAAGGACCGUCAAACUCAAUCGAGACGUCGCGGAGAUGAAGAUUGAACAACUAUUGAAAUCGGCCGUCUUGGGUGCGGCCGAAUACGAUCCUUUGGUCCUUUCGUCGCGGCAUCAUUCCGAAGUCUCGAGUCCCAGUUUGGCCUCGUCGACGUGGGAAGUCCCUUCGGCGCCUCCGACGGCAAUUGGUUUGGUCGAUGCCGGGAUCGAAUUGUUCGCCAUCUACUUUUCGACGCAAGAGCACCACAACCAAGGUGCUUUGUUGCAGAUCCUGCAGACGAAUCUGAGGUCGGGGAGGUUGGAGAAGAACCCGGGGAGGAGGAUGGCGAUCUUGGCGAAUUCCAUCACGGCGAUCGUGGGGGCUCUGAGGUUGUACCGACGGGCGGUGGAACCCCAGGUUGGGACGUUGAUGAGGGAGAUCAUCAAGGAUGCGUUGUUGCACCCCGAUGCGCAUUUACGUGCCGCUGCGGCUGAAUCGUUGGGGAGGUUGUCUUCUCUGGGGGAAACGUCGUUCAUGGCGACGCAGAUUCAAUUCUGCGUCAACCAAGUCGUCAGCAAUACCGAUCCCGACAAUCGUGCGGGUUGUGCACUGGCGUUCGGGGAGGUCUAUCGCCACGUCGGGAGUCUGGCCGCUGGACCGGUGCUCAAAACGAUCGUCGACGUCCUGUUGUCCCUUUCGGCCGAUCCUCAUCCUCUCGUUCAUUUCUACGCCCUGCACGCACUUUCCCUCGUCAUUGACGCGGCGUCGUUGUCCUACGCACCGUUCACGAACGCGACGCUGGGGAUGUUGAGCAAGUUGUACAUGCAGGACACGCACGAACCCGAGGGCGGAACUCCGGGAAGCGUCAACCUCAGGGGUGACUUGCCAGCCUAUCAAGCGAUUUGUCGCGUUAUGGAUGCGUUGAUUGGGGUGUUGGGACCCGAGUUGCAAGAUUCGGAGCGCGUCAGGGAUUUGGUUCUGAUUCUGUUGAGAGAGUUCGUCAAUGAGGGGGACGACGGGAUCGCUGUCGAAGCGAUCAAAGCGACCCAACAUCUGCUCAUGUUCGCUCCCGACGCUUUGAACCGCCAACAACUCGUCGCCACUCUACGAGGUCAUCUUUCGUCGUCAAGUCGUCACUUGCUCAAAGUCGCCGCUGUGAACUCGGUCUACCAACUCGUACAAAGGGAUGCAGCGAGCAUGUCCAAAGUCGGUGGCGACGGGAUGGUACAACAAUUGUUCGAGUUGCUCGAUGAUGACCCCAGCAUCGAAGGGGUUAGGGACGCGAUCACGUCGUGGUUACGUCAGACGGCGGAGGCGAAUCCUUCGGGAUGGAUCGACCUCUGUCAGCGCAUCAUGUCGCGCUCCACGGGGGCGGCCAAAGCCGUAGCGACCGCUGCUGCCGCGGCUUCAACUUCCGGAGGGGGGGGGGAGGGGGAGCGGACACGACGAACGCACAAAGCUCUUUUGCGGACGAAGAGAUUCAAGGACUAGGUCUCGACGACGGAGGUCUCAAAGCUUCCAAAGCGACUUCCCGAUGGCGAACCCAGCUCUUCGCUUUACAAUGCUUGCACGAGGUCUUCGUCACUGUCGCCAAGAGUGGACGAAGGGAACAUUUCGAUAUUGCACGAGCGAGGGUCGUCAGGGCGAACCGGAGGGGUUUGCUGAUUACGAGGGUUGGGGAUUUGAUCAAGAUGGCUUUUACGGCCUCGACGGCGCAGGUGAUGCAGAUUAGGUUGGAGGGAUUGGUCGUUCUCCGGGAUGUCAUUGAGGUGAGUCCGAGCCCUGGGUGAAAAAGAUGGUGAAACUUGCUGAUGACUUUACAUUUUGACUCUCUCGUGACGACAGGGCUUUGGACAAUCCCAAGACAUUGAUUUCGAAGAAGCGCUCCUCCUCGAACAGUUUCAAGCCCCCAUCGCCGCGGCCUUGACUCCGGCUUUUUCAGCCGAUUCGUAUCCCGAAGUCCUCGCUUCAGCGAUCCACGUUUGCGCCGUGUUCGUCGGUUCCGGCGUCGUCAAAGAGAUCGAUCGAAUGGGCCGCAUCCUCAAACUCCUUACGACCGCAUUGGAAUCCUGUCGCGAGUCCGACAUGUCUUCCAUCGGCGACGUCCAAGACCUCAGUUCGACCGCAGCAGUCAUGCUAAAAACGUCCAUCUUCGCCGCCUGGGCCCAAUUCCAAUCCGCUAGUGUCAAACAAGCGUAUUUGGCGCAAGUGAUUGAACCUCAUUUGCCGUUAUUGUGUCCGUUUUGGGUCGGAAGUUUGAGGGAGUAUGCGAGGGUGAGGACGGAUCCGGAUGCGACGUCUUCGGAUUCGGGAGCGGGGGGCGCGGCGUUCGAUUCGGUUUAUUCGGGACUGUCGAGGGAAACGGCGCUGCCUGUGAGUUCUGUGUAGUCGAAUGAGUGAAGUACUUUGACGAUGGGUUCGCUGACGAUGAACGCACGCCGUGGACAGUUUUACGAGCGAUCUUGGCCGCAGAUGCUUCAUGCCGUCGGGACCUUGCUCAAGGCGGGCAACGCGCACAUGCUCCGCGCCGUCGAUGGCAAAGUCCCUAAAGCCGCUGACUCUGCUCCCAACUCGCCACCACCCCCGCCGCACCGCACCCAGCCCGCCGAAUACUUUUGGGUCCUCUUUGGUCUCUCCUACGAAGCCCUUUGCGCAACCCCACCACCAGCAGGAACGACAUCCCCGCUCGAAGUACAAACGAUCGCGCUCGAAGCUUUGGCAGGUUUGAUCCGCCCUCAAGUCUCGGGGCCGGCUUUGGUGGAGCAGGGUCUGUUCGACGAGGUGUGCAAUCUGUGUUAUCGAUUGGCGAUUACGGAGGGGCCCGAGGUCAAGGCGCAUGUGAUGGAUAUUGCGGUGCAGUUGGCGAGGAAUUAUGAAGGGGAAGGUGUCGAGUGAGUGUGAGAGCUUUCCAGUUUUUCUCUUUGGUCUGUUUGCUAAUGUAGGUCUGGUGGGAGCAGCUUGGCCGAGGACACCAAGAUGCGACGCUGCUUGCAGAUUGCGACCUGUGUUCUGCGCGAAAGCGUACCUUCGACGAGUUCGUCACCAAAACGUGAGUCGCGGGCUCGAUAUGCAUGCUCUUCUGGCUUGGCACUGAGUCAGUGGUCCUCUUUUCGACUCAAUCAGCCACGCUCGCAUCGGCGCCGGCUCGAAUCACCUUGCUUCGCUCGGCGUUCAGCUCGUUCGCCGAGCUGGCGGACAUCUACCCCGCCUCGACGCGCGAGGAGCUAUACGCGAUCGCCUUUUACUUCUAUUCACGUGAGUGAGGGCUACUCUCUCAUCGCAGGGGAAUGCUCGAAAACUGAAUUGUCUGUCUCUCCCAUCUCACAGAAUUGCUGCAAGAGGAGGCCAGCGAGAUCGACCUCGUGUCGCCCACGCUGCCUGUGCUCAAGGCUUUGUGCGAUCGAAGUCAACGAUUCCCACCUGGGGGUCGAGGCUUCGUCGUGUUGCCCAAGGUGAUCAACGGCAUGCUUUCCGCGUGUUUGCAAAACAUCGACUCGGUGCGCGGGCGGCGAGGCGCCGCGGCCAUCCUCAAGACGAGGAACAACCUCCUCGCCGCGGUCUUGCUCCUCACCUCGUUGGGUCCGUCGAUCCAGGUCGGCCAAGAGGUGGUUGAACACGCGUGCUUCAUCAUCACCUCGAUCGCCCUCUCGCCCUCUUCUGAAGUAUUGCCGACAGCUCUGCAUUGCUUGACCUCGGUCCUGGCAGCUGCAUCUCGUGGUUCGGGCGUGCUACGAUACUGCGUCGGGCAGAUCUUGCCGACGUUGAUCGAGUUCGUCGCGAAAGCGUCCAAAACGGAGCUUCAAGCUGGGGAUCCCACGUUGAUUCAAGUCGCUGAAGUGCUCAAGGCUUUGGUAGCCGUGCUAACGGGUGUGGCUAUUGAUCGAAGUGAGUGGCAAAUCGUUUUGGGGCCGCUUUCAAUUUCGGAAAGGGGCUUAUUCACAAGGAUGGCACUUUACAGGAACUCAAUCGCUCUCGAUUCUUCUGCCGGUCCUCAUCCUCCUCCUCAAACCUUCCUCUUCGAGUGCCUCGCACACCCUCGCGAUCACGCAUCUCAUCCAACUCGCUUCCUCAAACUCGAGCAGUUUCAAAGAAGCGACCUUCAGCCUCAGUGAAGAACAACGCACGACGUUGGAGACGAGUAUCCGGGCUCAGGUCGGAGGGACAAGGAGGGUCGAGGUCAAGGAGGAGGCACCGAAGAUUAGUUUGAAAAUGUUUGGGUAG